AUGUCGUCCAAAGCACUAGAUCGCCUGAUCGCAAGAACACUCAAGAACGAAGGCGUGAAAAAACAAAGCCGUGGGCAAAGAAAGGCAAAGAAGAAGCAUGCUGAAAUUGUCCGCGCUGAAAAGGCUGCGGCUGAUCCCCAAACAGAAAUUACAAUUUCUGCCCAACGUUGUAAAAAAAAUCUCGAACAGCUCCACAACAGCGAGGAAAUUGAUGAACUCAAACAAGAGAUUUUAAAGUCAAUGAACAAAAAGACCGUUUACGUGAAACGCUCUCGUAAGAAACAUGAGUUCUCAUUUCCUGGAGUCACGCCUGGUCUUGCUCCAGUGGACUACAACCCUGAUGAAAGCGACGACGACGAACCUUAUUGA